AUGGACGUAUUCGACAAACAUUAUCAUACCUAUCGUAUUAUGUUGAAAAUUAUUGGACUAUGGCCGUAUAAUAACUCAGUUUACGUGUGGAUUCAGAGAUUAUGGAUAUCGACAUUAUUUCUUGGCAAUAUAAUAUUUCAGAUUGUGUCACUUCUAAAAUCUGAAAUUACAUUACGAAACUGUACUUUAAUAUUGUCUACGAUUUGUCCACUUAUGAUAAUUUCGUUACGAUAUAUAUGUUUUAUACUAUUUUUCCCUAUGAUAAAAUAUUUAUUUCAUCAUAUACAUAUGGAGGAAAAUAUAAUACAAGAUUCAAUAGAAAAACGAAUACGAACAAAAUGCAUCAACGAUUCCUGUUAUAUGAUCGAAAUACUUUCGCGGAUGCCUUAUGCAACUGUUGCAUUCUGUAUUGGGAUAUUGGUAUCAUAUCUUAUAACAUCAGAUUUCGUAAUGCCUUUGAACGGAUCUCGUAUAGAUAUAAUUCGUUACGUUACAUUAUUUUCUGUCGAUCGAACCAUAUAUUUUUAUAUUUUGUGCUUGGAUUUUUUAUUUGUUAUCAUAUUUGGAUUAUUAUCUGUAAUAUGUACGGAAUCAAUAAUCGGAUUUUGUAGUUAUCAUACAAGUAUGUUGUUUAAAAUUAUUAGCUAUCGAAUACAAAAGAUUAUUAUGUAUUUGACUAUAGUCAAUCUCUCGUCGAAGCAAAUUGAAAAGCAACUUGCAGAGCUCUAUCGCGUGGUGGAUAUGCAUAAUCAAGCUAUCGAGUUGCUAGUAAAUGCGGUUAUAAUGAAGACGAAUCAAUUAGAAAUUUUAAUUUCUUUUAUCUCUUUUGUCAACCAAUUGAUGUUUAUGUUUUUAUGUAACCACAAUGGUCAGAUACUUAUAAACAACAGUGAAGAAUUAUUUAAUGAAUUAUAUAUUUCUGUAUGGUAUUUUGUACCGUUAAAGAUACAAAAAAUUUUAUUGUUGAUCAUGAUACGAAGUUCAACGAUAUGUAUGUUCCACAUCUUGCAUGUAUUCAUUCCAUGUCAUAUAGGUUUUUCGAAGAUGUUAAGUACAUCGUUUUCAUAUUUUAGCUUGAUAUACUCGAUACAAUAG